CAGAUUAAGGCAACUGGCACAUCCUGGCAACAUUUACCGCUCAUAUAUGGCCAAGGUGGAGGACGAGGAAGCCAUGGAGGAGGAGGCCCAUCAUUCUUGUGUCCCAGAAGCCAGUGCAGCAGCAGGAGAAAGAGGAGGUGGAGUAGCAGGAAUGGUGGUGGAGGAAACUGAAUGUGCUGAAUUACUCUCCCUAAAAGCAUGGGUAGCUGCAGUAUAAUUUCAUAUGAAAUGAAACCAAUGUGAUACCAUUGGACCCACCCAACAUUCAUAAAGAAAUAAUUAAUAUUCAUGUAAAAUUGACCAUGCACUUAUGGAAAAACAAGGACAAUGCAUUGUGGAGUCAAAUCAAAUGGAAUUGAUAAUUGUAAUCAAAUCAUAUCAUGAGGUCAGUGACGAUGCCCUCACUAGCUACCAUAUCAUUACUGUGUUAUGUGUUGAAUGAGUGCUGUUAUCUUAUUUAUAGGUCUGCUGCUGCGUGUUGUUUGUUUAAUAUGUGCAUAGAGCUGUGGAAAUAAUUUUUUCCACAGAUACAAUAGGUUUAAUCAAGGCUGAAACACUAAAUUACAUGAAAUGUAUAGUUUUUAAUGGAUGGCAGGCUUAUUGUGUGUAACAUUUUGUGUGUUACGUAGCAUGGACUUAAGUACUUUCAAAGACAUAUGAUAAAAACACAUUAGAGUUCUCAUACUAUUGGGUAAUUGUACACCACCUCCAUCCAUGGUUAAAAAAUGCAUAACCACAAUGAUGUCCGCUUUCAGUGACUUCGAGUCAUCUAUUGUGGAGGUUGCUGCUGGCAGCUGCAUUUUUCCUCUUUUCUUAGGAGGUCAUUAUUACGGAGCCCCUCCAUUUUAAUCUUUGCUCACUCUGUAAUUUGAGGCAGGAAGCUGAGCCAAAGCUGUGUAUUAUUAAUGCCUCAGAAACUGAGCAGGGAACAGAGAUGAAGAGCGCAGACACAAUAUUCAUACUGCUACACACUUCUGCGUUUGACCUCUCAGAUGCAUUAGUGAUGUCAGUAAUCAGUCUGGACAUAAGCUCUCGACAGUUUAAUUUGGUGAUGACUCUCUCGCUGAUGUGCUGCCUCCGUGGCCUUCAACUAAACUGGCCUGAUCAAAGUUUGAUGAAGGAGCUUAGUAACAUUACACGGUACAGAAAACACGGCAAGUCCCUGUGCUGGAGCUCAGCUGGUCCUCUACCUGGCAUGACCGUAAAAACAAACGCUUCUAGGCCACAUCUGUGAGAAGACAAGCUACAUGUAAUGAGGUAAUUUGACAAUGGACAAGGUCAGGUGGACACCUGUGCAAAAGCAGUUCAAUGUGGCCGUAAUGGGUGAGUACGUUAAAUGCUAGAAGUUAUGAAUUAAUGAAGAGAAAACUGAAGUGCAAUCGUCACUGAUGAUGAUUCACCAAAAUAUCCCUUUGAUAGUUUAUUGUCUCAAUAUCUCAAUCCAUAUUCAAAAAAACAUAGUUAACAAGUCCAAAUGAAGAUACUAGGUGAAAAUAUUCCUCUCUCACACACACAUUGAGGAUUUAAUAAAGGAUUGGGGAACAACACGUGCAGCUAGCUGUGGGGAAUCAGGUGACAAGGAAAAGGUAGAGCUGGAGUGACUGCAGUUGUGAAAUAAGUUAGUGAAAUGCUAAGGCAAGCACAGAAUGACUUAAAAACUAUUUUGAUUUACCAUUUAAUUCACUUCACAAGCAGGCUCCACAUACAUGGACCUUCCAUUUUUCUUUCUCAACAUCUUGGCCCAUAAUCAUUUUUAUCAUGUGUUCUCAGUCAGUACUGAUCUCAUCAUCACAUCUUAGGUGAGAAAAGUCAUGGUGUUAUUGUUUAAUUCAAUGCUCAAAAGCCAAAGAAUCAUUAAAUCAUGCUAAAGCUCCAUAUAUUUUCUUUUAGGAGACUUCAAUAAUAACAGCUCAGGUUGCGUGUAAGGGUUUUACUCUUUAGGAUCAGAGUUCUAUGACACUUUAAAGUUGCCUUUUUGUCACUCAAACCUUUUCCCCCCUCAUAACUAUUCUUUUUAUGUAACAAACAUGAUGAUUACUAAAAGGUAAAAGUCACCGAACAGAUCAAGCAACAGGACAAAAAAGACCUGGUGAAAAAGUGCUUGAGAGGAGGGGCAGGUGAGUCUAACACUGACUCUGGCCUCAGUUGUUGCAGGCUUUCAUCACUGCUGGGUGGUGUGCAGAGACACAGCAGCAGCAGCUCCUGAUCUGGGCUAUAUGAUCUGUUCCAGCACUGCAAAGCCAGCAGUACUGACCACAACUCAGGGAUGAUCCUGCCACAGAUGGCUGCGUGAGAAGACACCAAAUGGCGUUCACAGGGAGUGGCCCCAAAGGGGAUGAAAACCUCCAAUCCAUGCUUGUGGGGACAUUGAUGAGGAAAAUCAAGUCUCGUACCUGGAAGAAGCAGCGCUACUUCAAACUAGAGGAUGACUGUAUGACCAUCUGGUACCAGUCAAGGAAGGCUGGUAAUGUCCAUUCCACAUUCUCCGUGGGUGAUGUGGAAGCAAUACGAGAGGGCCACCAGUCCGAAGUGUUGCUCAGCAUUGCAGAUGAGUUUCCGGCCGAGCGAUGCUUCACACUGGUCUUUCGCGGUCGCAGGGGCAACCUGGACCUGGUGGCUGAGUCAGCUGAGGAGGCACAGUCCUGGAUCAGGGGCAUGAGGAAACUGAUCGAGAACCUGGAGAACAUGGGCGAGCGAGAGAAACUUGACCAAUGGAUUAGUGACUGGUUCAAAAAAGCAGACAAGAACAAUGAUGGUAGGAUGAACUUCAAGGAAGUGCAGGACUUACUGAAAAUGAUGAACGUGGAUAUGAACGGGCACCACGCUCAUCGUCUCUUCACUAUGGCUGAUAAAUCCCGGUCGGGAACACUGGAAGAUGACGAGUUUGUGUUCUUCUACAAGAUGUUGACCCAGCGGGAGGAUGUACUGAGGAUUUUCCAGAAAUACACGGUUGAUAGCCAGAAGCUCUCCCAAAGUCAUUUGGAGGACUUCUUGAGAAAGGAGCAGCUGGAGAGGGGCAACAUUCAGCAGCAUGCCAAGCAGCUCAUUGAAAACUAUGAGCCAUCAGACAGAGCUAAGCUGCUGAAUGCCAUGACAUUUGACGGCUUCCUGAUGUACCUCGGCUCAGCUGAGGGAUCCAUAUUCAACCCACAGCGACGGGGGGUUUACCAGGACAUGAGCCAGCCGCUGUGCCAUUACUUCAUCUCCUCCUCUCACAACACCUACCUAAUGGAGGACCAACUCCGUGGACAGAGCAGUGUGGAAGGAUACAUCAGGGCUUUGAACCGCGGCUGUCGGUGUGUGGAAGUGGACUGCUGGGAUGGUGCCAAUGGAGAACCCAUUGUCUAUCAUGGACACACUUUUACCUCAAAGAUACUCUUCAAAGAUGUGGUCAGCACGGUGGGCAACUACGCCUUCAAGGUGUCAGUAUAUCCCGUCAUCCUAUCCAUCGAGAACCACUGUGGUGUUGAGCAGCAGAGAGUCAUGGCCCAACACCUCGACCACAUCCUCGGUGACAAGCUGCUCAAAAGCACAUUGGAUGGCAAGGCCCCAAUUAGGCUGCCGUCCCCUGAGGAACUUAAGGGGAAGAUUCUGCUGAAGGCUAAGAAAAUUGGUGGAUUGGAGGAGAGUUUCAAUGGGAUGGUGGAGAACCCGCUCAGUGAGGAGGUCAGUGAUGAAGAUGCAGUGGCUGAGAUGGAUGAAGACAAUCUCCACCGCGAGAGCGUCCGUCACAGGGUUAAGAAGUCAAAACAGCGUCUGUCCAAAGAGCUGUCAGACUGUGUGGUUUACUGCAAAAGUGUCCACUUCAGCAGCUUCAAACACUCCCGCAUCCACUCUAAGUUCUACGAGGUGGCCUCUUUUACUGAGUCUAAAGCCCGCAAACACCUCAGAGAGGCCGGGGCUGAGUUUGUGCACCACAACUCCCGGCAGUUAACCAGGGUUUAUCCCACUGGCUUCCGAACAGAUUCCUCCAAUUUUAAUCCUCAGGAAAUGUGGAACGCCGGGUGCCAAAUCGUUGCUUUGAAUUUCCAGACUGCUGGGGAAGGGAUGGACCUGAACGAUGGCCUGUUCAGUCAUAAUGGCCGCUGUGGUUAUAUCCUGAAACCCCAAUUCCUAAGGGAGGCAGAGGAAAGGUUUGAUCCUGAAAUGCCCCAAAAGGGUGCUGGCUAUAGUCCUGUCAUGCUCAUCAUACAGGUGAUCAGUGGGCAGCAGCUGCCCAAGGUCAACUUAAAAAAGGAUUCUAUCGUGGAUCCUCUGGUCCGAGUGGAGAUCCACGGCGUUCCUAUGGAUCAGGCCAAGCAGGAGACCAGAUACAUAGAGAAUAAUGGGUUCAACCCCGUGUGGUAUGACACUCUGCGUUUCACCAUCCACACCCCUGAACUUGCCUUGGUGCGCUUUGUGGUGGAAGACUAUGACAAGACAUCCAGGAAUGACUUUGUGGGACAGUAUACGCUUCCUCUUAGCUGCAUGCAGCAAGGUUAUCGUCAUAUUUACCUAUUAUCCAAAGAUGGGACCAGUAUUCCACCUGCCUCCAUAUUUGUACACAUCAGGAUUACGGGACUGAAAUAACUUUACAGCUAACUGCAGGAGACCAUAAUAUUUGUUUUUUUUAAAUAUCAUUUGUAUUUUGUGUGGAGAAAUACUAAGCCAAAUGUUGACUGGUUGUUAUGCAGUAUAUAGUAUAUAUGCAGUUGGGUUUUUUGUUGUGUUUCGUGUAUGUGCAUUGUUCCUGUGAUUGACUUGAACUUUGCUGCUCAUGUUUGAUAUACUGUGUCUGUUGUAAAAUGAUUUGUUUCUGUCACAGAGCAGAAUGUGCCACCAAUAUGUUUGGUUCUGUUGUUGUUGUUGUUGUUAUCAUUAUUAUUAUUAGUAUUAUUAUUAUUAUUAUUAUUAUUAUUAUUAUUAUUAUUAUUAUUGUUAUUUUCUGGAGCUUAGAUUGGCUCCAGUCCACCUCACCCCCAUGUAACCCUUAAGAGGAUAAAGUGGUUGAAAACAAAUGAUUUCAUUAUUUUCAGUAUUUUCUUUCAAUGUACAGCACUUAAUGAACAGGCUCACAGCUAUCACUGUGAUCAACGUCCAAAACUUGAAAUGUAGUUCUAUUCCAGUGACAGAGAAGCAUAAUAUUUGCUUUCACAGACAGUUUAAAGGGAUGGACAAAAACAAAAGGCAUACAGAUGUAACCUGACUUAUCCCUUUAAAUUGUGUAAUAACCAAUAAUAUAUUUAUGUCUAUAUAUAUAUAUAUAUAUAUAUAUAUAUAUAUAUAUGUGUGUGUGUGUUUUGCUCUUAUAUAAUUUUCAUAAUUUUAUAUAAGAUAUUGCUAUUAUUGUGUUGAAGUCUUGGCUGUUUGUGUUGAAGUCUGAUAAUGCUGCAAGCAGGCUGGACAGAUGGACACCGUGUCUGGUUAAUUUUUUGCUCAUUAGAAUUGACUUAAAGUGGAUUUUAGCGUUUCUUGUUCAUGUUCUUAGCCUUCAGCCAGUGAAGUAAUUUGUUUUGUCUGUUUUUCUUUGGUAAGACAUUAUUUCACAUGCUGUGCAUGUAACAAUUUUUGCUUAGCUGACUUUGCCUUUAUACCAUGUGUGUGUGCUUGUCGAGACUUCAAAUACACCCAGAGUCAGAAAGCCACUUGUCUUUGCCUGUCAGUUUUUUUUUUUUCUUUUUAAACAGUCAUGACAUGUCUGGAAGAGUUUCAAAAUUGGGAAACCCUGAAAUGGGUUUGAAUUGAAUGUUUUGUAAAAUUUUUGGUCCAGUGCUGCUGCACAGACCACACGAGAUUCACAUCACAACUGUGACGAUACACAUGUACGCCACUAGAUGGCAGCAGGAACUCCUCUAAGUGGAAAC